UUUCGACGCCGACUUAUUUAGACUCGCAUGAUUGGGAAAACCUGCGGCUAUCCCGUCGGAGCUGUGCCCGGAAAACAAAACAAGAGCGGCACUGAGCUCCAGCUGCUUCUCCGAUCCCGGCCUCCUCCAAGAAAACUCUCCGACCGCGACGGACUCGCCGUUCCGUCGUGCCCACGAGGGACCCUGGCCUUAUGAUAACAAAGAACAUUCAGGGCACAUUUGGUUGGCAUCAGUGGUCUUAGCCAUCGCUUCAAGUUAUCCAUUUAACAUUAACCUAGAAGAAGUCUUCUGAUAGAUGAUGCGGGGAUGCAAAUACACAAUUGCUAGAAAAUUCAACAAAGCCGACACAUUUUUGAGAAUGACUCUUGCAAGAUGAUGUUCAGACUCAUAAGAAAGUUACGUUCUUGGUGAUGAAUGAUUUAUAAAGUUGGCUUUCGUAAAAUUUAACCAUGUCUGGAGUCAGUACAAUCUUACGUGGUUCAUUUCAUGCUGCCAUUGGUCCUUUUAAGACAAGAUCUAUUUUUCCAUAUACUUCUUGCCUUAACGUUUCAAGAUUCAGUGCCCAUUCUCUUUCAAAAGCAUCAGGACUUUUUCCUCCUAACAAUCACAAGGCUGUAGAUUGGCCUUUACAACAUGUGUGGAAGAGAAAGGAUAGAGUAUUGCCUCUUUCAUCUCUUGUAGAAGCUCAAAGUUAUAAAAUUGAUUCUCCUUGGACAGAUUUAAACAGAUCUUCGGAUAACAGUCAGUUGAAAAAAAAUACGUUGCAGUCUCGGUGCAAUGCAUUCCCGUCGUUCUUAUGCAUGAGUUAUGGUUAUCGAGCAUAUUCAUCACAUGCUGGAGACAAACAAGAUGGUCUCCAAAAUGUUGUUACAGGUACUGCUCUUGCAAAAGCUUCAGAUGAUAAAACUACUGAUUCCAUAGAGAAUGAGUGGGUUGAUAUGUUGAAUCAUGUUCGUCAGUCAGUGGUAGAUGCUGCUGUCAAUGCAGAAAACAAGGCCAAGGAGUUAUCUGAUCAAAUCAAUUAUUUCAUACAACAGUUAUAUGAUUCAGAUCCAUAUCUAGAAAAGGUGAUUGUUCCAGUUGGAGGGACUCUGUCUGCAACAGUAUUGGCUUGGUUUGUCAUGCCUAGGAUUUUAAGGAAAUUUCACAAGUAUGCAUCUCGAAGCCCUCUUGCAUUGUUAUCAAGGAGAUUAACUACGGAACAGGUUUCUUAUGAGAAAAGCCUAUGGGGUGCUCUGGAAGACCCUGCAAGAUAUCUUGUUACUUUCAUGGCAUUUUCUCAGCUUGGUACGAUGAUUGCACCAACUACUGAACAAUAUCUUUCACAAGCAUGGAGGGGUGCAAUUGUUCUUUCUUUUGUGUGGUUUCUUCAUAGGUGGAAAACUAAUUUUUUCACCAGUGCGUUGGCCAGUCAAGCCACGGUAGGGCUUGAGCGAGACAAAUUAUUAACACUGGAGAAAGUGUCAUCCGUAGGCCUUAUUGUACUGGGAGUAAUGGCUUUAGCUGAGGCUUCUGGUGUGGCUGUUCAAUCAAUUUUAACUGUUGGUGGCGUAGGAGGUGUGGCUACUGCUUUUGCUGCUAGAGACAUCCUUGGAAACUUGCUUAGUGGGCUUUCUUUGCAAUUCUCAAAGCCCUUUUCAGUGGGAGAUCAGAUAAAAGCUGGAUCCGUAGAAGGACAAGUGAUGGAAAUGGGGCUUACUAGCACAUCUUUAUUAAAUCCUGAAAAGUUUCCUGUCAUAGUUCCAAACUCCUUAUUUUCCAGUCAGGUGAUUGUGAAUAAAUCACGUGCUCAAUGGCGUGCUAGUGUGACCAAAAUUCCUAUACGUAUUCAUGAUAUAGAAAAGAUUCCCCUUAUUUCUGAGGAGAUAAAAUCCAUGCUACAUUCUAGCUCAAAAGUUUUCUUGGAAAAGGAUGUCCCUUAUUGUUACCUUUCUCGAAUAGAAAAUUCAUUUGCAGAGCUUACUCUUGGAUGCAAUCUCAAAAGCAUGAGAAGAGAUGAGCAUUAUGCUACAGAGCAAGAUAUUCUUCUGCAAGCAGCGAGGAUUAUUCGGCAGCAUGGUGCUGAACUUGGAGGCACCUUACAUGACUACACUAACUGUUGAUUCAGCAGACACAGAGACUAUGCAUUAAGGCAAUAUAUCGGACAUCUAUCAUUCUAUACGAUUCGCUUCAAGUGAUGAUUGUGGACUGGAGUUUUUUUUCGUUUAUGCCAUGGCAUGUAAAUCUAAGGGUUUGAAGCAAAAGAAUUUCGCAUUUUGGCUGAAAUGCAAAAUGAGUUUUUUGAUGUCCGGUUGGCUUCUCUUCCAUGCUAUAAGGAAUGAAGUUUUCUCACAUAGAUAACCUCUUUCCCCCCUGACAUUUUGUUUUCUACAUAUACAGGAUUUUGCCAUGUGAAUUGGUGUAUUACUUCAUGUGAUUGUGAUUGUGCGUAUGUAUGCGUGUUUAUUUUUUUUU